AUGAGCGGUGAAAUCCUCCUCCUGCAGCCACGUCCUGCUAUCUGACGUCUGCGCGUGACGCCGGCUGGCCUUUUGUCGUGCAAAAUUGAACUUUGCUUCCCGUGAUUCACCGAGACGCGAGGCGAUGGAAAGCAGCAGUGACUCGGACGAGGAGCUGCCUGUCUUUGAUUUCCUCCAGACUCGUCCGAGCAACGGCGCGGCCUCCCAGAGAAGCCCGAAGAACCCGGGCCCUGUCUCCCCCUCACCUCGGGGCGCCGCUGGAUCGACGGACGUGAUGAUGAUAAGCAGCGAUUCUGAGGAUGACGCACCGUACGUCCCUCUGGCGCAGAGACUGAUGCUCAGGCAGGGCGGCGGCGUCCUCGGUGAAAGAAACGCGACCGAGGCUCCGCGUCGGAAAGGCCCUCCAGAGCCCGAGCAUCAACUCGUCUUGCGUCAGGAGGGAAGAACCAGCCCAGAAGAGGUGGAUGACUUGCCUCUGAGGCCCCUCUCUGCACCCCAGAGAGCAGACUCCUCUCCUAGCCGGACGAAAGCCACUAAACGGACGGUGGAGGAGAUCCAGGCCUCCAGGGAGGAGGCUCAGAGGAGGAGGCAGGAGAGACAGCAGCAGGGCAAGGAGGCGAUCAAGGAGCGACAGGAGAGGCAGAAAGCGGAGAGGAAAGCUCUGGCUGAGGCCGCCAAGGCCCUGAGGCCAGAGGAGUGCAUCAAGCACAUGGUGGUGGCUGUUGAUCCAGCUCUGUUGCAGCUGGAAGGAGGCGGGACUCUGCUGGCGUCCGUGCAGGCCCUGGGCUGCAGCUGCGCCAUCGAGAAGCAGCCGCUCCCACGCAGCGUGACCUGGGCCAGGAGGGCUCCAGGGGCGCAGCCGAACGAGGCGGCGUGUGCUCCAGAGCCCCAUGUGGUGAUGCAGAUGACGGUGGAGGACUUCAUCACGCUGGUGCACAACUACGUCCAAGAGGAGAGGCACAGCGGGUCAGAUAACAGCCCCACCCUCACAUCGUGGGUCCAGGGGCAGCAGAGGCGUCACCCCAGCAGAACCCUCAGCCUGGCAGUCGUCGAGCUGGAGAACUAUUUCAGAGGGUCUAAGUCUCAAAGCCAGAGGAGGUUCAGAGAGGCUGUGGCGGGGCAAGAGACGGGAGGAGGAAAAGAGAAGAAGCGACGGAGGAACGGUCACACCGAGAAGCUGCCGGAGGUGUCCAGAGUGGACGUGGAGGAGGCUAUGGUCCACCUCCAGCUUCACACCGGCGUCUCCGUCCGCUUCUUAUCUACCUGGAAGGAGUUCUCGGACUACAUCACCAUGACGACCAAAGCAGUCGCCGAGGCCCCUUUCAAGAGAGAGCGAGAUCAGACCGGCUUCUCCUUCUACCUGGAGAGCGAGUGGGCGGGAGGCCAGCGGGUGGACAAAGCCGGGAAGGGCCUGCUGCAGGUGUGGAAGAGACAGAUUCAGCAGUUCAACAGAGUGAGCCCAGACGUGGCUGCUGCCAUCUUGGCUGCUUAUCCUUCCCCGCAGCUGCUCAAGAAGGCUUACAGUCGGUGCAGGACCGAGAACGAGAAGCUCUCCCUUCUGUCUGACCUCCUGAUCCGCAGAGGGGAAGGCGUCACCUCCACAACUCGAAGGGUCGGCCCGGAGCUGUCCAAACGCCUUUACCUCCUCAUGCAUUCCCGUGAUCCUGAGCACAUUCUUGAUGCCGGCCUUUGAGCUCCGUCCUUUGUCCCUAAUUUUGCUGUAACCCUCAGCUUCAACCUAUUAGAUCAAAGUUGGAGAUCAUGGAAUUGCUGACUAGUAAAUGAAUUCAUUCAGGUUUUGUCGUGCAAUAAAGUUUUAUACAGCUGCUGA